AUGCAACAAGCGAUUGAUAUUUCCGACGACGACAUCGAUGACGACGGAUCCUCCACCGCAAGCGCAAGCUCUGAGGAUCAAACACAGCAGACGACACAGCCGACGCAGCAAACGACACCGACACCGAUGCGAUCCCAGCGGUCACAGCCUUCGUCGCAGCAGCAGUCCCAGUCCCAGUUUGGUUCUGUUAUGCUCGACCGAAGAGCCAUGGAACAGGAGCGCUUGAACCGCCUUGCAAAGCGCCAGCGACCUGCUACCGACGAUGACGACGACGUCGUAGAGGUGCCUCCUCCGAAGAAACAGGCUACAAGAGCUCCCGCCGGAGGCAAUAUCAAGACACUUGGGGCAUCGGCAUCAGCAUCAUCUACAGCCGCAACUACUAAAGCUGGACAUAGCAGCAGCAACAGUAGCAACGUACCAUACCCAAAUCCCACCGUCAAACGAACCUGGGCCCGCGGCACUGCUCGACGGGGCGACGAAAUCACCAUCGAAGAGGUCUUUCAAAAGGACAAGCUCGAGCUCGCCGUGCUCUCAUCUUUCCAAUGGGACGAGGAGUGGAUGCUUUCAAAGCUGGAUUACAGGAGGACCAAGAUUUUGCUCAUGGCGUUUGCGAGGGAUGAAGCUCAGAAAACCCUCAUGCAAGGCAACGUCCCCGCCAACAUCAAGUUCUGCUUCCCUCCUAUGCACGGUGUCGGCGCCAUGCACUCCAAGCUGCAGCUGCUCAAGUAUCCGAGCCGUCUCCGCGUCGUCAUUCCAACGGGCAACCUCAUGCCCUACGACUGGGGAGAGACAGGGGUCAUGGAGAAUGACGGCGGAUAUCGCCUUUGUUCAUACAAUUGUGCGUCGUUGGGAGCAUUGAACCAGCAGAUGGUACGGGCCAUCUACAACGCCUGUCGAGGUGAUGACGGCACAAACGAGUACCAGAAACCGGCCACCACUAGCUCCAGGUCUGCCAAAAAGCCGACUACGACGACGACGACGACGACGACGACAUCUCCGGAGCAGCUCCUGCGAGAACGAUUCCGCAUCUACUUCCCUACCGACCGUACAGUGUCGCAAAGCAGAGGUGGGCGCAAUGCGGGAGGCACGAUAUGCGUGCAGGCAAAGUGGUGGCGGUCGCCCAAUUUCCCCAGAGAGCUCGUGCGAGAUGUGAUAUCCCGUGACCAAGUGCUCAUGCACAGCAAGAUGAUAUUCGUGCGUCGCCGGGCCGGAGAUAGUGGCCAAGCGCAAGCGGUACGGCAGGCUCCAGGCUGGGCUUAUGUGGGCAGUGCUAAUCUUUCAGAGAGCGCCUGGGGCCGCAUGUCCAAAGACAAGUCCACCGGAGGCUUCAAACUCACCUGUCGCAACUGGGAGUGCGGAGUGAUCAUCCCGGUACCUGAGUCACAGCCAGUUGACAAGACAACUCUGACUGCUAGCGCCGACGACGACAUGUCCAUGUUUGCGGGGACGGUUCCUGUGCCUAUGCAAGUUCCCGGACCUGUGUACAAGUCAAGUGACCAGCCCUGGCUAUAUAUGGGAGCCUGA